AUGAGUAAUAUUUACAUUCAAGAACCAGCUACUCGUGGAAAAGUUAUUUUGGAUACAACUGUUGGUGAUAUUGAAAUUGAACUUUUCUCUAAAGAAUGUCCAUUAGCGUGUCGAAAUUUUCUUCAAUUAUGUAUGGAUGGUUAUUACGAUGGAACUAUUUUUCAUCGUAUUGUCCCAAAUUUUAUCGCACAAGGUGGUGAUCCAACUGGAACUGGUGAUAGACAUGAAUCAUCUACGGGUUCAUUCUUUGCAGAUGAAUUUCAUACACGAUUACGUUUUAAUCGUCGUGGUCUUCUUGGUAUGGUUAAUACAGGACCAAAUACGAAUGCUAGUCAAUUCUUUUUUACAUUGGGUAGUACACCUGAACUUGAUAAAAAGAAUACAUUAUUUGCCAAAGUUGUUGGAGAUACAUUAUUUAAUAUGUUAAAGUUAGGUGAAGGUGAUGUUAUUGAUGAAACUCCUGUUUAUAAACAUAAAAUACUUAAAACUGAGAUUAUAACAAAUCCAUUUGAUAAUAUGGUACCACGACCUCGACCUAAACCUCAAAGAAUGGAUGAAGAUAAUGAAGAGAGAAAUAAAUCAAAAUCAACUGUAUCUGCUAAAGCCAUCAAAAAUUAUGGUCUUCUAUCAUUUGGAAAUGAAGCUGAAGAAGAUGAAGAAGAAGUAACAAAAGUUUCAAUGAAAUUUAAACAAAAAGGAACUGGAAAAAGUGCACAUGAUUUAACUAAUGAUGCAACAUUAAGUAAAAGUACAGUUCGAUUAGAUGUUGAUGAAGAAAGUGAUGAAGAAUUACCUAUUGAAAAACAAAUGUCGAAACCAGAAGGAAAAAGUGAUGCAGAUUAUGAUAAAGAAGAAUUGGAUCGAGUACGACAAAAAUUUCAAUCAAAAAAAUUAGCAUUACAUGAAAAGAAAAAAGCACCUAGACUUGAUGUAGAUGAUGAUGAAGAUGAUAAUGAUAAUCAACAAACAACUUCAUCAAAAUCAAAUGAAAAUGUUAAACUUGAAAUUGAACGAUUAAAAAAAGAAUUAAAACAAAUGAAAAAACCAUCAUCAUCAACAGAAAAUACUGUUCAAGAAGAAGAAGAAGAACCUACACCUCCUCCUCCUCAUAUGGUACCUGUUACUGCAGAUACUUCUGUAUUAAUGGAUGAAUUAAUGGCUGGUACAAGACGAAAUACGAAAAAAAAUCAUAAGACUCAUUCAAAUUCUAGAGAAUCACAAACACUUGAUUUAUUAGCAAAAUUUCGAGCAAAAAUUCAUGCAGCGAAAGAUGAACCAGUCAUCGAACCAGUUAAUGAAACAAAAAUUGAGCAAACAGCUGAUACUGCUAAAGAUCAAUUUUUAAAUCAUUGUUUUGUAUCAAAAGAUCUUUUAGAUGAUGUUCAAGAUAUUUAUACAAAUGCUGAUUUAUUAACUGUAUAUGAUCCAAGAAAUCCAAUGACUAAACGACGAAGAGAAGAAAGUAGUGCGUUACUUCAUCAGAAAAAACAUAAAGGACGUACAUAA